GAGCUCGGAGGAGGCGGGGAGGGACGCCAGUCCCACUAGCCCCACUAGCCACACAGCAGAGACUGAGGCCGGAGCGCGAUGGAGCAGGAGCCCGACCUGGGGCUCGGGGACUCGUCCCUGCACCGCUACCUGGACGGCGAGUUCUGGACCCUCAAGAACGAGCUGCGCAGGCUCCUGGGCGGCUGCCCGCUCUUCCGGCACAGGUAUGAUUUAAGUUUGGACGAAAUCAGAGCUUUGACAGUUCAGAGAGUGAAUUUUACCAUGGGUCUACCUCUGUUAAAGCGUGCAGUUCAGGAACAGGCAGAGAAAACAAAGAAUUUUGUCGGUCGGAGCCUCGUCAUCGGAGAAGUCCUCUCCAUGGCGGACAUGGCUACAGGAGUGAAGUGUGGAAUAAUUUACUGGCUGUUUGGUGGUGCUGUCAGGAAUCUCGGAAGCCCCAGACAUGUUACUAAGUGGUUUCAGCCACUCCAGGAGCAGAAAUACACUGGGAUGUUUGCAAUGACCGAGAGGGGCCACGGGAGCAACGUGCGAGGGAUCCAGACGGAAGCCACUUUUGACCGCUCUGCACAGGAGUUUGUAAUUGACACGCCAUGUGAAAACGCCAAGAAGAUGUAUAUUGGAAACGCCAUGCAUGGGAAUUAUGCAGCAGUCUUUGCCCAGCUCAUCAUAAAUGGAAGAUCUCAAGGGCCCCACUGUUUCAUUGUUCCUGUCCGGGAUGAAAAGGGAACCUUGUACCCAGGAGUGACAGCUAUUGAUAUGAUGUACAAAGAAGGUCUGCAAGGUGUGGAUAAUGGGAUUUUAAUAUUUGACAAGGUUCGGAUUCCCAGGGAGAACCUGCUGGACAAGUUUGGUUCUGUGGCUCCAGACGGACGGUACCAUUCACCUUUUAAGAACAAGAGUGCAAGAUUCAAUGCCAUGCUGGCAGCACUGACCCCUUCACGAUUAGCUGUGGCUUUCCAAGCUAUGGGUGCCAUGAAGCUCGGGUUGACGAUAGCCAUUCGCUAUAGCCACAGCCGGAGGCAAUUUGGGCCCAAAGCCAAGGAAGAGGUGAAGAUCAUUGAACACCAAAUGCAGACCCUUCGGCUGAUGCCUCACCUGGCUGCAGCCUUGGCUCUGACCUUCACCAGCAGGUAUGCUGGGGCCCUCCUGGACAAGGACAUCUUCCAGGGGAAGGAGCUGGUCAACAGCCGCUCGCUGCAGGCCCUGGUGGCAGGGCUGAAGGCCUAUAGCACCUGGGAGAACAUCAGCUGCCUGCAGGACUGCCGCGAGUGUACCGGAGGCAUGGGAUACAUGAUGGAAAACCGAAUCUCAGGCUUAAAGUGUGACACAGAUGUGUUUGUAACUUUUGAAGGUGACAACAUUGUUAUGCUUCAGAUUGUGGGGCGGGAACUGCUGACCCAAUAUACCAAACACCGCGAAGAAAAGCCACUCUCUGGCCUGCUCCAAAACUGGGCUGAGUCUAUGGGUGACAAGCUGAGAACCAGUUUCCUGGCAUUUAACGUGGACACCGUCGGUAAUCUCGCCUUUCUGUUGAAAGCAGUGAAUUUUCGUGAAAGGGUUCUACAGCGAGGUUUGGUGGCCAGAAUUUAUUAUAAGGUGAUGACCAAGAAGGAGGACUUUUUCGAUGCCUGGAACUCGUGUCUGCACCACGUGGCUUCCCUCUCUCUGGCACACACUCACCGAGUGACCUUAGAGCAGUUCUCCCUGGCAGUGAAGCGGUGUCCUGACCAAGAGGACCGGGCUUUGUUAAUGAAGUUUUGUCUUUUAUAUGGGACCAGGUUGGUGUUCCAGGAGCGGGCCUGGUAUUUAGAACAUAAAUACUUGACUCCCACCACCAGCAGAAGGAUCCGGAGUCAGUUGCUGGAUUUGUGCGACUUGGUGAAAGAUGAUGCCCUGAGGGUGAUCUCUGCCUUUAACAUUCCACACACCAACCUCCACGCACCAAUCGCAGGAAUCCCCAACGCGCGGGCCGCCUGGGCCUUCUACCCUUCGCCGCUGCAGCCGCUGGCCCGGGACCGGGCGCGCUCCCAGAGGCCGGAGCUGGAAGCCAAGUUAUAAAGGGUGUGGCGGGAAGUGCAGGGGCCCGCGCACGGCUGCCCUGAGGCUCGCCGCAGUGAUGUCCCCACUGAGGCUGGGCUGGCGCGCGCUGGGCUCCUGCCCUUGGGGAUUUUGGUCGCUGAGCGGAGGUCUCCUGAGGCGCGCUGCAAACUGUUGGGAAAGGGAGCCAGGAGGUAACUUGACAAUUAUCCUAUCCCAGCAACUUCACUUGCCCUGGCCACGAUCUCUCUUAACUUAGCACCUGAACCCCCUAGACAAUCAGGAUGGACUUCCAUCCAACCGGAGGAGAUUGCCCCACAGCCGGGUCCCGCCAACGGUGUCCUGCGGUCAGCGGUGGCUCAGAUCCCCCUACUCCUCCCGGUGAUUUCGAAAACCUGUGGUGCUGGGUGAAAAAAAAAAAAAAGUCAUUCUCAAACAAAAGAAAGCUCCAUUAUCUCCGAGAGAGGGGGGGAAGAUUGAUUUCAGCAAGUGAUGCUUUUCCAGUGAAUGAGACCUUCUUGAGUCUCGCAGGAAAUGCAUCGACGGGAAGAUAGGAGUGGGAGCCUGGAGUUUUGCUCUAGGCAAAGAACUAGAGCUUGUUCCUCCACCCCCACCCCAGACCGGCGGUUUCCGGGCCGCAAGACAACACGCGGGAAAA